GAGGAGUCAGAUCUGGGAACCUGGCCAGUUCCCUGAUCCAAUUUUUGGUAAACACCUCAAGGAUGUUAGUUACAUGAUGAAGACGUGGACAGUGUCCUGACUUGACCCUUCUUUGUUUUAAAAAGUAUAAAAGAUUGUUUAGCAGAAGCCGAGCUGAGCUUCGGUGCUGACUUGAUCUGGACUGGUGAAAACCCGUGCUGCUUUACUGCCGGUGUUGAAGUUUGUGAGCGUCUCUAGGCUCACUGGUAUCUUUAGAGAUGGCAAAUAUCUACAAGACAAUUGUUCUACUAAAAGGAUUAGAGGUCAUCAAUGAUUAUCAUUUUAGAAUGGUUAAGUCCUUACUGAGCAGCGAUUUAAAACUUAAUUCAAAAAUGAGAGACGAGUAUGACAAAAUUCAGAUUGCUGACUUGAUGGAGGAAAAGUUCCCAGAUGAUGCUGGUUUGGGCAAACUAAUACAAAUUAUCAAAGAAAUACCAACACUUGGCAACCUUGCUGAAACUCUUAAAAAAGAAACGUUAAAAGUCAAAGGAAAAACCCCAUCUAAGAAGAAGCAGCAGAAUGAAGUGGAUCGUGCUACACCUGAAUCCACUCCAAGCCACAUUCUCACAGCUAAAGGAGCAGAGGAGACUCCUGGGGCUCAGAAAAGAAAAAACUCAUCUGAAGAAGAGACUGGAACCAAAAGGAGUAAGAUGUCCAAGGAGCAGACUCAGCCUCCCUGUCCUGCAGAAGCCAGCAUGUCCACAGCCAGGAGCCAUUCCCCACCGCCCCGGCCCUCAUCAUCAACUCCACACAACACUUCCUCAACUGAGGCACAAAGCCUAAGACCUAAGGUCAGGCGUCAGGCAACUGCCAGAAAAAAUAUUUGCUCGAAAGACCCAAUGAGAGUGAUGGUACUAAAUGCAACAAAGAUAUUUAAAUAUGAAUCCUCAGAAAAAAAUCGAAGAAGAAUGUUUCAUGCUACAGUGGUUACGCAGACAGAGUUCUUUCAUGUGAAGGUUUUAAACAUCAACUUGAAGAGGAAAUUCACUAAAAAGAGAAUCAUCAUUAUAUCAAAUUAUUUUAAAUAUAAUAGUCUCCUAGAGGUGAAUGAAGCCUCUUCUGUAUCUGAAGCUGGUCCUGAGCAAACGUUUCAGGUUCCAAAGGAUGUCAUCAGAAGAGCAAGGAAAACUCCGAAGAUCAAUAUUCUUCACAAACAAGCUUCAGGAGACAUUGUGUAUGGAUUAUUUACACUACAUAAAAAAACUGUAAAGAGGAAGGUGACAAUCUAUGAAAUUCUGGAUAAAACAGGGAGUAUGGAUGUAGUUGGAAAAGGAGAAUGUCACAAUAUCCCCUGUGAAAAAGGAGAUAAGCUUCAACUCUUCUGCUUUCGACUGAGAAUGCGGAAAGAUGUGUUACAACUGAUGUCAGAAACGCAUAGUUUCAUCCAGAUGAGAAAUAGAGACAGAAAUAUAUGUAAGAAAAUAAAGCAGAGAAGCAUUGACUCCCACAGCAUGGCACUGAAGCUUCCAAAACCUUCAGAGGCUGGCACAACCUUCCCACGUGAAUGCCAUCCCAGCAAGACUCCUCACAUGCUGCCAGCAACCCCAUCAAGCAGUUCCUUUACCAAGAUGCCAGGCCGGGCGCAGUGGCUCCCGCCUAUAAUCCCAGCACUUGGGGAGGCUGAGGCUGGUGGAUCAAGAGGUCAAGAGAUCAAGACCAUCCUUGUCAACAAGGACACAACUACUCAAACUUCUGACGUCAAACUCCUGAUGAAUUCAGCCCCAGAGCAGAGGCAGCCUCAGCAAACUGCAGUGAAGGACUCAUUUCCAUCUGGGUGUCAGCAUCGGGUUUCUCAGCCAUGCCCACAAACCUCAUCAGGCCGUUUCUCAUACAAGAUGGAGUUUCACUGUUGUUACCCAGACUGGAGUGCAAUGCCACGAUCUCAGCUCACCGCAACCUCCGCCUACUGGGUUCAAACAAUUCUCCUGCCUCAGCCUCCUGAGUAGCUGGGACUACAGGCGCGCACCACCACACCCAGCUAAUUUUUGUAUUUUUAGUAGAGAUGGGGUUUCACCUUGUUGACCAGGAUGGUCUCCAUCUCUUGACCUUGUGAUCCACCCACCUUGGCCUCCCAAAGUGCUUGGAUUACAGGCUUGAGCCACCACGCCCGGCCAGGUACUGGUUUUCAAACCUGCAUUCUAUAUUUAUACAUAUAUCUAUAGUCACAUUCAUUGUUCAUAAUACAGUCAUGAGAAUGCUAUUCUCACCCUUAUACAUAAGAGAAAACUGAAAUACAUUGGAUUUAAAAAUAUUCCCCAAAUUUACAAAUAUAGUAAGUGUGCUAAAUGUAAAUUAUAUGUACUUUGUGCAUCUUUUCUUAUUUGUUCUUCCUUACACUGCCUCGAUGAUAUUAUUAGUCACAUCUCAUAUUUCUGAAUACUGAGGAGACGAGAGGUUAAAUCUUCAUUUAACAUACUGCUUUUGAAGGCCAAGAUGACUAACUAGGAACAGCUAGUGUGCACCACUUUUGUAGAGAGAAGAGAAUAGCAAGUAAGUACUAGAUCUUCAACUGGAACAUUCAGGUGGACACAUGGGAUCCACCAAGAAAACACUUUACCCGUGGAGAAUGGAGAAUGGAGAAAAGUGAGACAAGGCAAUUGCUCACCUGGGAAUGGCACAGAGUCAGAAGAGGCUUCUCCACUGCAGGGAAAUGGUGAGUGAGUGAGGGUCCCUGGGGACCCCUACUUCUACCAUGUACUUUUGCCACUGUGGGUGCAGGAGAUAACCCCAUGAAACCACCCCACUGGAGCCUUCAGACUGACAUGGAGAGCUAAGUGGAGCCUGAGCAGACCCGCCACUCAGGCACGUGAGGAAUCCUUGGAGCAUGAAUCCCUGAGUAUCCUGGAACUAUCACCUGCUACUCUGGCAAUAGGGAAGGCCUUCAGGAAAGGGGCUGAGUCCAGGGGACUAAGCAGUGCUGGACUGCAAGCCUCACCUCCACUGCACCUCACAGGAUAAGGUCCACUUGCCUAGGACUCCAGCCGCCCCCUGCCUGGGCUCAUGGGCCAGUAGCAGCUCUGCACUUCCCUGGGACAGCUCCCAGAGGGAGAGGAAGGCCACCAUUUUUGCUAUGUCACAGCCAUUGCCACAACUGCCUUCAGGCCCCGGAGAGUGUGUGGUGACUAGGGACUGGCUGGGUCCCCAGCACAGCACAGAUGCCUCAUGAAAAAGUGGCCAGACUGUUUUAUACGUGGAUUCCCGAUGCCUGUUCUCCUCACUGAGCAGGACCUCCUGACUUUGGACUCCAGCUGCUCCCUACCUGGGCUUUGGUGACUGCAGCAUCUCUGGACUUCCCUGGGCUGCAGCUCCUAGAGGGAAAGGUAGGCUGCCAUUAUUGCUGUCGUGCAGCCCUCAUGCCAAUUGCCUUCAGGCUCUGGAGGAUGAGCAGUGAUUAGCGAUGGGUGGAUCCCCAGCACGCUGAAGCCACCCCACAGAAAAGUGGUCGGACUGUUGUAAACGUGGGUCCCUGUUCACAUUUCUCCUCACUGGGUAGGGGUUUCAGGCCUGGGACUUGAACACAACUACCCCGUCCUCUCCUGAAGACUUCAGUGGAGACACUUCCGCUCUGCAUUUGUCUGAGGAGACAGUCUCAGAGACAACCCACAACUCCCCCACUGUUGCAGCUCUUGGGCUGGCAAAGAAACAAAGGGCCUGGUCACUACCCUGUCACCUCCAGCACACGACAGCCAGCAUUGGAGAGGAAUCCGGUCUCCCUUCUCUAUGAGCUCCCACCCCGACUCUUCACCACACAGGGCUGUUGGCUUUGAAUUGCAGAACAGCUGCCCCAUCUAUGGCCGAGCAUACCCCCUGGCUAGUGACUCUGUGUCUUCCUGGGGAGGGGGCCCCAGAGGCAACUGCAGUGGUUCUACACCUGAUACCCUCAUUCCAAGGAAGAAACAAAGACCCGAGUUUCUCCUGCGCUUCCAGCAUUUCACAGUCACCAUAGAGGCGGAGAAGCACAGUCUCUCCUCCCUGUGAGUCCUUGAUGCCCCACUCCUCAAUGAGCAGAGCCCCCAGUUGUGGCCAGCAAUGUAACUGCCCAUCCCCCAGCUGAACAUUCCCAGUAGCAGUGGCUCUGCAUUUCUCCGAGGUGCAGCUCCCAGAGGCAACUGAAAGCCCCUCUGCCACUGCUGCUGCACAGGUACUGCCCUUGCAACCUUCAUACUGGGUAAGGAGCAAAGGCUCUGAGUGCUUUACAUCUCCAGUGAGCUGCAGCUGCCCUAGGGAGAAGAACUCAGUCUGUCUCCCUUGUGACCCACCCGUAGCCCUGCUCAUCACCAAACAGGGACCCUCUGGCUUGGGCCCACAGCACAGCUGCCCCAUCCUCGGCCAUUUGCACUGGUGGAUAGCAGCUCCUCAUUUCUCUGGGGUGGACCACCAAGAGACAAGGGAAAGGCCCUCUGCCAUAACCACUGCUAAGGUGUCUUCUCCUGCAGCCUCCAAGCUGGAGAGGGAACAUAGAGUCUGUGCUCAUCCCAGAGCUACAGUGUGCCAAGGCAACAUCUGCAGCCAGUACUCAAGUGAGAAAGAAGCCCACACUUUCAGAGCAGUGAGAGGGAGCAUGUCUGCCAUCUUGAGGAAACGCAGAUAGACGGCAGGGCAAGAGCCUACCUACUGGCCAACACACUUAAGCGCCAUCUACUGGAUCACAGCCCAAAACUUCAACACAAAAAUACUCUGCUAAUAUAGACCCCUGUGUAACCAUGGACAAGAAUUCAGCUAGAAAUAAAAACUCUGCCCAAAGCCUCAGCUCUCUGAAAACAUCCAGGGAAUGUUUCUAACUACUCAAAUUAUACCACAGUUAAUAUUAGCACACACAGAUGAGACAGAGUGUCUGCUUUCGCUUUCCUCCAAAUGAUUGCCCUAGUUCCCCAGCAAGUGUUCUUAACCAGGCUGAAAUGGCUAAAAUGACAGAAAUAUAACUCAGAAUAUGGGUAGGAAUUAAGAUAAUUGACAUUCAAGAGAAAGCCAAAGCUCUGUCCAAGGAAUCUAAGGAUUUCAAUAAAAUCAUACAGGAGCUGAUAGACAAAAUGGACAUCAUAAAAAAAAACACCAAACUGAUCCGAUAAAGCUGAAAAAUACAAACAUGUCAUAAUGCAAUUGCAUGUAUUAACAGCAGAAUGGAAUAAACUGAGGAAAAAACCUCAGAGCUCAAAGACUGACUCUCUGAAAUAACUUGAUCAGAAAAAAGAAAGAAAGACAGACAAAGGAAUUUAAAAGAAUGAAAAAAUCCUCUGAGAAAUAUGGGAUUACGUAAAGAGACCAAAUCUAGAACUCAUUGGUGUCCCUGAAAGAGACAAGGAGAAAGCAAACACCUUUAAAACAUAUUUCAAGAUGUCAUCCAUGAAAACUUCCCCAACCUUGUUAGAGAGUCAAACAUCCAAAUUCAGGAUACACAGAGAACUCCUAAGAGAUACUACACAAAAAGACAAUCGUCAAGACACACAAUCAUCAGCUUCUCCAAGAUCGAAAUGAAUUUUAAAAUGUUAAAGGCCGCUAGAGAGAAGGGGCAGGUCACCUACAAAAGCAACCCCAUCAGGCUCACAGCAGACCUUUCAACAGGAACCAGAUAAGCCAGAAGAGCUUGGGGCCUAUAUUCAGCAUUCUUAAAGAAAAUAAUUUUCAAGCAAGAAUUUCAUAUACAGCCAAACAAAGCUUCAUAAAUGAAAAAGAAACGAGAUUAUUUUCAGACAAGCAAAUGCUGAGGGAAUUUGUUACCACCAGAACUGCCUUAUAAGAGAUAGUGAAGGCCAGGGGUGGUGGCUCACGCCUGUAAUCCCAGCACUUUGGGAGGCCGAAGCAGGUGGAUCACGAGGUCAAGAGAUCGAGACCAUCCUGGUCAACAUGGUGAAACCCCGUCUCUACUAAAAAUACAAAAAAAUUAGCUGGGCAUGGUGGUGUGUGCCUGUAAUCCCAGCUACUCGGGAGGCUGAGGCAGGAGAAUUGCCUAAACCCAGGAGGCGGAGGUUGCGGUGAGCCGAGAUCACGCCAUUGCACUCCAGCCUGGGUAACAAGAGCGAAACUCCGUCUCAAAAAAAAAAAAAAAAAAAAAAGAAAGAAAAGUCAACUUACAGAAAGGAAAGGGGAGUAUUAAGUCAUUAUUCUCUAAUCUAGUUUUUCACCCAAGCCCCAAGAUGCACAAUGACCCAGCCUACAGCCUCUAUGACUCCCUCACACCUGUGAGUUGAAGACAGACCUACUCCUUACAGGAGUUCUCCAUAGGUGACUAGAUUUUUGUUUAUUAUUUUGUUAUUGUUACCCAAAGUUCAUAUUUUCCUGAAGAGUGUCUACAGAUUUUACCUGGUGGAUCAGUAAACAGGCAGUGUGUUUUUGUCAUCUUGGCAGAAGUGGCCUCAAAUAGAACCCGUGCCUAACUCAUUGCCAACUCAGAUCUGUCUUCUCUUUUACUAUAAUGCUGGCUUCUGUGUAUGCUGAAACGUAGGCUAAGAAAGCUAAAUGUAUGCCAGCAUCCAAAGAGAUGAGCAGAGGGAGGAUUCUAUAAAAAGGGAUUUUGAGAGACAUACACACACACAUACAUACACACAUGUACAUAUGUAUUACAUCCAACUUAUAUAGAAAAAUAUUAAGCAGAAAAGAAAUUUC